AAGGAUUGAGCGCGCGUGUGUGUUGUGUGUGUGUGUGUGUGUGUGUCUCGCGCAGAUUACAAAGAGGAUUCUACAGAGAGAGCGCGCGAUGUAGCGACGAGAUGUAGCGAACCGUGCCACCAUUAACACGCGCACGAGAGUCCAUUUUCACCGGACCGAGUGGACUGAACUAUGCCCGGCGCUGACAGAACUUUACCUGAAGUCGACAGGAACACUUUCUUACACUGCGACAUGGUGGAUCGGGGUGGCGAUGUGAACACACUCAGCGUGCCGAUGGUCAUGCGUAGAGGAGGCUCGGAGACAUGCUUAGACCUGGACACAACAGACAUGGUGGGACGAGACACCCCGCGAUCUCGUUCUGGCCUGGACAGCCUGCAGCAGAAAGUUCUCAAGUUGAAAGAGCAGCUGCGAAUAGAGCAAAAUUUGCAGGAUGAGAACGUGGCUGAGUAUCUCAAGCUCAUUAACAGUGCCGAUAAGCAGCAAAGCAGCCGCAUCAAACAAGUUUUUGAGAAAAAGAACCAGAAAACAGUGCAAAAUAUCGCUCAACUACAGAAGAAGCUGGAGCAGUAUCAGCGUAAGAUGAAGGAGUACGACGUCUCGAAUGGGACCAAACAAACGCCACCACACUCCAAAGACUACAAUGAGUUGCCCAAAGACAACCUCAAGGAGAGCAUGGUCACAGGUAGUGGGCGGCUCCUACAUUUGGAUAAGGUCAAAACGAUUGGCCCGGGAGUCUCGCUGUCACCGCCUUUCUUCUUCAGCAAGCCCAGAGAAAUUGCAAACCUCAUUCGUAACAAGUUUGGCAGUGCGGACAACAUUGCACACCUAAAGAGCUCGAUGGAGACUGGAAGUGGGCUGCAGGCUGAAGGGGGAAGUCGAGCUUUGAGUGGCAGUGCUACACUAACCUCUAAACCUAAAUAUCCCAGUGAUGAUGAGUGCUCCACGGAGACGUCAGUAUCGGUGGAAAGUAACGGCCAUGUGAGUGGAUCAGGUGCGAUGGGUCAGCACAGUGGAUCUGGAAAGGAAGGAGGACAUAACGACGGCAGUAGCCGAAUAGUGGAGGCCUGGGAGGAAAUCAGGGAGUUGAGGGAGGCUCAGAAUCUGCUGGCUGAAGACGUCGAGAGCUUGAAGACCCAGUUUAAAUGUGAAUUUGAGCAUGUUACGCAAACACUUCAAGAGGAGCGGUACAGGUGUGAGCGGUUGGAAGACCAGCUAAACGACCUAACAGAGCUCCAUCAGAACGAGACAGCGAACCUCAAACAAGAGCUAGCAAGCAUUGAGGAGAAGAUAGCCUAUCAGGCCUAUGAACGAGCCAGAGAUAUACAGGACGCGUUGGAGGUUUGUCAGACGCGAGUGAGCAAGUUAGAGUUGCAGCAACAGCAGCAGCAGGUCUUGCAGUUAGAAAGCGCAGAUGCCAAAGUGCUGCUGGGAAAAUGUAUCAACAUCAUGUUGGCCAUUGUCACGGUGAUAUUGGUGUGCGUCUCCACAGCUGCUAAGUUCUCCGCACCGCUACUACGGAGUCGUCUCCACAUGUUUGGAACCUUUGUAUGUGUGUGUCUACUGGCGUUUGGCUGGAGCAACUGGGAGCAUUUGCAGUGUGCUGUAGAACGAAUGCUGCUGCCCAGAUGAGGGAUGACAAACGUGUUUCUAUGUGCGUCACUAGCAUUGUUUAAAAAACUCCUUCAUGGACUUCCCACUUCCGCAUUGUGACUGUCCGAGGACAAUGUCUUUAAUAAACUGUGUGUGUGUGUGUGUGUGUGUGUGUGUGUAGAGAGAGAGUAUUCAUGAUGUACUGUAGCAGAAACGGGUCCAUCUCUCUGACUGUAUUGUGUUCAUGCGAUUAACAUGUUUCUAUUUGUUUGUUGUGUCUUAAAAGUAAAGGUUCACAUUUUUACCCUUCUGUUUUAUGUACCUUUUUAAGUAGGACUUGAUAUGUGGUAACGGCGUGUUUAGGUAAUUCUUAUGAAAAAUAUAUCUGGGUCAUUUUCUCUCCAAAAUACAUGGAACAAUUUAAAGAUAUAUUUUGUAUAAAGAAAAUGGUGCUGUUUUUGUUCCAUUAAAAAAUGUGUUUGUGUUUUUUUUUUUUUUUUUUUUGCAUUUGAAAAUAAUUUUCAUGAAAAUUAAGCACAUUUCCACAAAAGUUGUCAUUACUGUAAUGCAUCUGGAUGUUUGUAUUUACCAUCAUUUAUAUAAACAUUCUCAAUGAAGAUUUUAUUAAAUUUUUAUUUAAAGCAUCAUAAUUAACAUACAUUAAACCACUAUGAUUU